AUGUGCUCAACACGAUUCUCAGCCACCAUUAAUCCACCCCGACUUUCCUCGAUUGUCGAGAAUGUCAACAUCCUCCAGCCCCAGAAAAGCGAAGUUGAUGAGGCGCUGGAAAAAACCCGGGAUUAUUGGUAUCAUCUCGCAUCACUAGCCUUCGCCUAUCGAGAUCAUGGCUUGACCCCGGAGCAUACAAACCCGCGUCUCACCCUCCAUAGGAUACCAAAAUUCCAAGGCCGACCCAGAAAGAUCCAUGUUCGCCCUUAUGGAGUCUCUUCAAUUCCUGUGCUCUGCAUGCAAGCCUCUUCUACUUGGAGAUUGGUAGAAAACUCGAGCUGCGACAUGAUCGAGAAAGAAAUCACCAAUUCCGCCCUUCUGAAAAUUGGCACCAGUUCUGCUAUUCCCUACAGUUUUUGUGGGACAGUCUUCAGUUCUUGGAUUGGCACAACAGAAGAGAGUCGCAUCGGUCCCAACUAUCUAGGAAUUCUCACAGUUGCAUGGUGUUAUAUUCUCUCUGCGCGGCUCGUGGAAAUACAAGGGGAAGGAGCUAGUAUGCAAUGCACAAGCUCUGAGACCGAGGGUGAAAGCCUUUACGGUCUCCAAGAGACAUAUAACCUUGAAGUUGGGGAAGCGGAUGAGAAUGUGACUCGAUGGUGGAUUGCAAUACUCGCUCAACACCAAGGAUGGAAAGCGACAGUGAAACAAACUCCUGAAGGCGAGUUCCUCGCACCGUGGGCAGUGUCCCGCACGUGUCAAACACGCUUCAAAAUCCAAGAGAAGAGAUAUUUGCCGGCUUCAGUGUGCUCUCCUUUAACUUCAGAACAAGCCUUUGAUGCCCUCACUGAGUUUGCGUGUUUACAUGGACUGGGUAGCCAAUUAUCUAUCGCUCUUAUGGCAGCCGUGACGUUUCCAACGCCUCAAUACUAUGGCUCGACUGUCCAACUACCAUUCCCAAGAGCAACUGGUGGUAGACUGCCCACAGCUCCAAUUUCGUUGCAAUGGCCAAGUUUAAUCAAAGAGCUGUCAUACUACAUGACUCUGAGCUGCAGUCCGGAAGUAGUGAUGUCGACUCUUUGCGGAUCAUUCUGGGAACUGGAAGUUCCUUGCAAUCUCGUCGGUCCCUGGUUGCAUCCGAUUCUUAACGAGGUAGUUAGUGGAACUUCUGGCACUGUUGACCAUGAUUACGAAAUACUUGCUUUAAUAGGUGCAAUACGUCGACCAAAUAUCCGUGCUCUAUGGAUUGGGGCAGCGACAAGCGGGUUAGGCCCCAAAAUCAUUCAAAAAGUGAGAAGAGGCAGGCCUCCUCUUGACGCACUUGCCUUUCCCUGGACUGGUUAUCCUCAAAGCUUUACUGCAGGCUCGGGUCCAUAUACUUGUGUGAAUGCAGAAUACAUUUCAAGGCCAGACGUGUGGCGUUUGCUCCACCUCCCUCCAAAGGAGGGCGACGACCUAUGCUAUCGCAACAGACUCUGCACGCCCUGGGCACCCUGUGGGAACUCCAAGAUAAAAGAUUGCGCCCUUCGUGUGACUUCACAUUUAAGAUGCAAUCGACAUGAGUACCAUUUCCACCAUUGGAACUGGGACCCAGAAGAAGGUGCGAUUGUUCAGGACUAUGGAUUUUCAACGACACCUAUUUCAACGAUCAUCGAAUAUCCUACCGACAUCUUGGAUAUCAAGAAACCUAAACCAUUUCAGAAGAAGGAACUUGAUCAAAUGGCCUCUCGAGAAGCUUCAUCGGAUAUCUUCCGCUGGUUCUUCAUCAAUGGGGAGGGUAAACCUCCAGAGAGUAUAUAUGAAGACGAUUGGCUCAAAGAAAUAUGGGAUCAAGAUGAAAGUGGCGAGGAAGCUGAUGAGGCUGUUGAUCAAAAGUCGCAAGGGCUUGUUGCUACAAGUAGAGAUCGGGUGGAAAUCUGGCUUAGUUCAGUCACCUAG